AUGAUGCCACUAGGAAUGCAGAAGCAGGUAAUGGCAUCAUUUUCACAGCCCUUGUUGGGCCGGCAGUGGGAGGAGCCAUUGUGGAACAUGCGUCUCAGUAGCACACCCUACGAUAACCUGGUGAGCGUGGCCAUGGUUGGGCAAGGCAAGUCUCCUGUUGUUUCAGAAUACUCCUUGUUGACGCCAAUUGCUGUUGAGUGGCUAUGA